AUGAGUGAUUGCAGUGGGGCUGAGGGUGCCUUCUUUGCCUUGAAAGCAAUCAACAAACGGGCUACUCUGGUCUCCUCGCGGCGGCGUAUCUACAUCGCUGUCAUUCACGAGUCCGUCUUGAGGAGGGGCAUCAAUUCCAACGCCAGGUUGCGCUUGCUGUUCCCACGCAACCACCCUGUGGUUGUGCAAGACUUGAAGGAUAGAAUGGAGCGCAAACACAACCAGGAGGAUGAGAACAUCAAUCUGACCGUGAAGCCUCGGAACAAGAAACCAACAUGGCCCUCGAAGCACUGGGACGUUAUGAAAGACUACAAGGUGAAUCCCAAGCAAGUGGCAGAGACUUGCAAGGGACAGGAGCUUCAGAAGCUGGUGUCUAACCUGCGGCAACGGCACGUGCAACGGGAUAUCCUCUGUUGCAUCGUGGACAGCAUGGACAAAUCAAAGUUCCGCCUCCCACGUUUUGCACAAGGGAGGGUUCCAAAACCCUUGGAGAACAAGAAGAGGUGGCUGAAGGACCGGCUCCAAAACACCUUUCAAAAGUCUGGCUUGGACUUCAACGUUGCAUACAUCACCAAUGUCAGGAACUGGUGCGAUUCAAUGGCCGCUUUCUCUACGCUUGCUGGAGCCUACAAAAAGAGGAAAGAUGACACCAAAGAGAUCCCUCACAGCUUUACUUUUGCUCGGCGUGACAGAGUUGCAGCAUAUUUGGAUGAUGAUCGAAAGGAGGUUCUCUUGGAAGUGGCAUCCUACUUGGAGGACAACUACAGCCACUAUGGAAGAGGAAUUUUGUACUUGCGGCAACUGGCUGGUCAGUAUGCAUUGCCUCGAUCUCCAGCGCCACGUAUUGAGUUCUUGCUGACACGCCAUGCUGGAAUACAACGUGGUGCUGUCAUUCUUCCCAAUGCCGAGGCCCUCAUCAUGCUGUCAGUGCUGGCAUUGCUGGUGGAACUUGAAGUGACCGCAGAGAUGAUGGAAGAAGAUCCGGCCAUGGCAAAGGCAGUGGCAUCCAUGUUCUACAUCAAGUGCAAUUUCAAGAAGCAUGCUACUUCUGAUGGCGUGGCAAACAGGACCGCGGAGAAGGUCAAACCAAGUGCCUUAGAUUUGCUGCUGCUCUUCAGGGAAAGUGUCAGAAUAAAGCAAACCUCUGACAGUGCCAAGAAGACAUCGCUGAGAGACCUCCUUUUUGCAUCAGUGGCUGACUACAACAAAUCAGUUGGGAACCACCGGGCAUGGCGCGUCUCUGACCCCACACGCCGCCUGAUCUACAACCUUCUACGAAGCCCUGUGGGUCUUUGGGAUGCUUUGAAGAUUUGCUACAACGAGAGUAAGCCGCAAGAUGCAGCCCUGACCAUGGACAACUUGGAUGACGACUACUUUGUGGUGGGCAACGAGUUGGUGCUCUUGCAGGUUUGCUGUCUCAUGACCUAUGUCUGGCCCAAAAUCCAGAACUUCUUGGGCAACGGCGAGUUGCUGGAUGGCAUCAUGAACCAGUGGAAGCUUGGGGCCCUGGACGCAGAGUUGCGAGUACAGGUGAAGCUUGGAACUGAUGAUGAGGCGGAGGGCGAUGAUGCUGGUUCCUUGUCAGCAGACGCCAUCCUUCGUGACUUCCGGUACAAUUUGCAAUGCAUCUACAUGGAGCCUGCUCGAGAUCUUCGGGUGCGACCCAUUUGCGUUUUCUUCGACCCAGCCACUGUCUAUGGCACACGGGAGGGCUUUCAUCCAGCUUUGUUGGUGACCAGCAUGGAUAAACACAACGUCUUCUUGAAGUCACCUGUCUACAAAGCUGGUGUGGUGUCAGGAGUGGGCAUGCUACCCCGGUCUGAAAUGGUGAAGGCUGAGAAAUGUGGCAAAUAUGCGACUGACAUGCGGCUGACAAGGGUGCAGAAGUUGGUGAAGAGCUUGAUUUCUGAAGACAACACCUCGAAUGUCAUUGUGGACCUCCUUGGCUUUGAUGCAUGGCCUGCCUGCUUUGCCAUGAAGGAACUUGCAACAGGCGCCAACUUUGCCUGUUCGACGGCGUGCCAUUCCCCCAACGAAACGAGCUACUGCACUUCCACCAUUGGGGAGAAGCUGUACGGUAUGUGUCGCUCGAACCAGAUCAAAUUGCCUGGCUUCCCUGAGUUCGAGCAAGUGGUGGCGGACCUCCGGAAAAGCAAUUCUGAAGUGCCUCCACCGGAAUUUCAAGUUUGCCUGCCAGUUCCCAAUGGUUUGGCUAUCCGAGAAAACCUUGUGGAGCAAUGGACCAGCUGCGAUCUGGUGGAGGUGGAGAUGAAGGAGCUCUUGAAGAAGCACAAUGAUAAAUACAAUCCCCAUGGGAUCAAGCGUGGCUCUUCAGACCAAGGCACUACUGAAGAUCCUGCUCCUGAUGCAAAGCGUCUUCGCAUUGACUCCUCGGUCAAGAUGGCUGAGCAUGAAGCGCAAAUCGCCAAUAAGCUUGUGCUCAAUUGUGGCACCUUCAAGCUGGUUUACGACUCUGACCAAGACAUCUUGUGGGCGGGGGCAGCCGAUGGAAAAAAGAAAGACACCUUCGAAGCAAAGGGGCCGCUGGAGCUUUUUGGUUUUGGGUCAGGAGACUUCUUGGAAGGUCCAGAUGCAAAAGAUGUCCAGCAAGACUUGACUGGCAGGUGGCUGACUUUCAAAUUGGAGAGUGGAAGUGAGCACUGCAUUCUAGAAGCAGACCGACGCCUGCCUGACCAUGUGAAGAAAAUGGACAUCUUUGGGAAAGUUCUCACCUAUGCGGAUGUCUUACAGCAGCUGGAGAAUGCAGGGGAGGUCAACACCAAGAUGUCCAUGCACUGGAUUGACAGGGCUGAGGGCACUGGCACCAUCACGUUCCGAUCAGCCAAAAACGUUGUCUUUGUGCUGGACCCUCCCAAGAACAAGGAUCCAAAAAAAGCAGAAGAAAGACUCCAAGGCGCAGCUUUCCAUGGGGUGGGGAAAUGCAGGCGAAUGUGUUUAAUAUCAAUUGGUUGGAUGGGUUCCUUCCGGUUUCUUUGGCAACAGCUCUGA